AUGGCUGCCACCGUCAAUGGCGAGGUCAAUGGCGCCGCAGUCAACGUCCCUGCAAAGACCUUCGACACCAUCCUCGUUCUCGACUUUGGAUCGCAGUAUUCGCACCUGAUAACACGGCGACUGCGCGAGCUCAACAUCUAUUCGGAGAUGCUACCAUGCACUCAGAAAAUCGCAGACCUACACUUCCAACCAAAGGGCAUCAUUCUGUCUGGAGGUCCCUACUCUGUCUAUGAGGAUGGCGCACCCCAUGUUGACCCAGCCGCAUUCGACCUCGGCGUGCCCAUCCUAGGGAUAUGCUACGGACUGCAAGAGAUGGCCUGGAAUUUUGGCAAAAAUGUGUUGGCCGGCGAGAAGAGGGAGUAUGGACAUGCCAAUCUCAAAAUUGAGAGACACAGCGGCAAGGAAGAGCACAUCGAUCGCCUCUUCGAAGGUGUUGAAGAUGACAUCGAGGUCUGGAUGAGUCAUGGGGACAAGCUGUCAAAGCUACCCGACAAUUUCCACCCCAUUGCAAGUACAGCCAAUGCCCCCUUUGCGGGUAUCGCUAGUAUGUCUAGACCUUAUUUCGGCAUCCAAUUCCACCCCGAAGUCACACAUACGCCGCGAGGUACGCAGAUUCUGAGCAACUUCGCUGUCAAGAUCUGCAAGGCUCGGCAAGACUGGACCAUGGAAAAAUUCGUCGACAAGGAAAUCGAACGCAUUCGAGCCAUGGUUGGUCCCAAAGGCCAAGUGAUUGGCGCCGUGAGUGGCGGAGUUGAUUCCACUGUUGCUGCAAAACUCAUGCAAGAGGCUAUCGGAGAUAGGUUCCACGCGGUCUUGGUUGACAAUGGUGUUCUUCGCCUGAACGAGGCAGAAACAGUCAAAGAGACAUUGACAAAGCAUCUGGGUAUCAACCUGACGGUUGUUGACGCCUCGGACCUGUUCUUGGGGAGACUCAAAGGCGUCUCCGAUCCCGAAACGAAGCGAAAAAUUAUUGGCAACACAUUCAUCGAAGUAUUUCAGGACAAGGCAAAAGCUAUCGCGGAUGCUGCAGCAAACUCACCCCGGGCUGGCGACAUAGAAUGGUUGCUUCAAGGCACCCUCUAUCCCGAUGUGAUUGAGAGCAUUUCGUUUAAAGGACCAUCCGCCACGAUCAAGACACACCAUAAUGUUGGGGGUCUUUUGGAGAACAUGCAUCUCAAGCUGAUCGAGCCUCUGAGAGAGCUGUUCAAAGAUGAGGUGAGGGCAUUGGGAACAAAUUUGGGGAUCCCUGAAGAUCUUGUCUGGAGACAUCCAUUCCCCGGACCUGGCUUAGCAAUUCGGAUCCUUGGUGAGGUCAACGAAUCGCAGCUCAAGAUUGCGCGACAAGCAGAUAAAAUCUUCAUCGAUGAAAUCGUCUCAGCUGGUUUGUAUAGGAAAAUCUCACAAGCAUUUGCGGCGCUUCUCCCUGUCAAAGCUGUCGGCGUGAUGGGUGACAAGAGGGUGCAUGCUCAAGUGAUUGCCUUGCGAGCAGUUGAGACGACUGAUUUCAUGACGGCCGAUUGGUUUCCCUUUAAUGGCGAAUUUCUCAAGCGGGUCAGCAACCGCAUCGUCAAUGAAGUUGACGGCGUUUGCCGUGUCAUGUAUGACGUUACGAGCAAGCCACCUGGCACGAUCGAAAUGGAAUAG